ACCCAGCAGUAAAACACGAACCGGAGGUCCCAGAUGGAAACCUUUAAUGCAGGCUCUUUUUUACACAAAGGGAUGUGGGAGUGUGGAACAAGCUGCCCAGCCAUGUUGCUGAAUUUAAUCCUGUGGAUUCUUCCAGAAAAUAGGCUGGAUAAGUUCCUGGGAUCAAUGAGCUACUAGCAACAAAGAGCUAAAUGGGACGAUUGGCUUUGCUUCAUUCAUAAACUUCCUUUUGGACAGUCCGUAAACACAUGCUGCCCUCCCAUGCAGGGCUGUCGGCCUGACACAGCCACCUCGCUCCAGACCUGUAACCCCCUCCCUGACAUGGAACACGGGCGCAUUCCAAUGGGCGGGGCUCCGUGACGUCAGCUAUUCCUGAAUGAGAGCCCGGAGCAGCCAGAGCUUCAGCCGAGUUACAACCCGAGCAGCUCGGUCCGCACAGUAACUUCAGAGGACUUACAGAAAAUGGAUUCCUUCGGGAUUAGGCAUCUAGUAUUUGUAAUUGUAUUUAUUAAUAAUGUAUUUAAUAGUCUACAGACCAAAGAAGAGGUGCUGCUGGACAUGGCCUCCGCCGGAGGGGAGCUGGGCUGGCUGACCCGGCCGUACGAGGAGGGGUGGGACCUGCUGCAGACGGUGGUGAACGGGACUAUGAUGUACACCUACUCCGUGUGCAACGUGGCGCAGAACGAGCAGGACAACUGGCUGCGCACCAACUUCAUCCAGCGGCGGGAGGCCUCGCGCAUCUUCGUGGACCUGCGCUUCAUCGUGCGCGACUGCAACAGCUUCGACGGCGCCUCGCUGUCCUGCAAGGAGACCUUCAACCUGUACUUCGCCGAGUCCGACGUCGACUACGGCACCAACUUCCAGAAGUGGCACUUCAAAAAGGUGGCCACCAUCGCGCCCGACGAAAUCACGGUGAAGGGCGAGCUGAGGAUCAAUGCGGAGCACCGCAUCGUCGGGCCGCUCUCCAAGAAGGGCUUCUACCUGGCCUUCCAGGACAUCGGCGCCUGCGUCGCCCUGCUCUCCGUCAGGGUCUAUUACAAGUCCUGCCCAGCCACUGUCAGCAGCCUGGCCAGCUUCCCCGAGACGGUGGCCGGCCGGGAGUCACAGCCGCUGACCGAGGUGCCGGGAGUCUGCGUGCCUCACGCCGUCAGCGACGACACGCCCAGGAUGCACUGCACCAUGGACGGGGAGUGGCUGGUGCCAAUCGGACAGUGCCAGUGCCAGGAGGGCUACGAGAUGGUCAACAGCACCUGCCAAGCGUGCCUGCCCGGCCUUUUCAAGCCCUCGGUGUCCAACGAGGCCUGUGUGCGGUGUCCUCAGCACACCCUGCCCUCAGGGGAGGGGGCAGCCUCCUGCCCCUGCGAGCAGGGCUACUACAGAGCCCCCGGAGACGAGCAGGAGGACGGCUGUUCGGCUCCACCCUCUGCGCCGCGAGGAGCCGUUGCCAUCACGAUGGGCGCCAAGCUGCGGUUGUCAUGGGAGCCCCCGGCGGACACAGGGGGGCGCAGGGACGUCUCCUACAGCGUGUCGUGCGAGCGGUGCGGCCGGCAGGGCCAGGGGGCGUGCCAGCCGUGCGAGGACAGGCUGCGCUACGAGCCCCAGGGGGCGGGGCUGCAGGAGCGCCUCGUCGCGGUGAGCGAGCUGGAGCCGCACGUGAACUACACCUUCACCAUCGAGGCGCGGAACGGAGUGUCGGACCUCAGCCCACGGCGCGCCACCGCGACUGUCACCGCUGCCAUCCACCAGACAGAGCCUCCCAAAGUGACAUCGAUCCGUCUGGAUGAACGUGGGACAAGCAGCCUGGCGCUGUCCUGGGCCGUGUCUCGCCGGGCCUCUCCCCACGCCACCCGCUUCGAGCUCAUGUACCGCAAGAAGGACAAAGACAAUGAGGACGACGUGACGACGUACACAGUCCUAGUGCUGGAGAAGAGCUCAGUGGUCAUCAGUGACCUGGCCCCUGGCACAGUCUAUAUCUUCCGCGUGCAGGCACUGACCCCUGAGGGCGGCCAGGGCAGCUACAGCCUGGAGCACGAGUUUGAGACGCUACCCGAAGCUGAGAAGCAGACCCAGGGGAACGUGCCCGUGAUCCUGGGAGCUGCAAUCGGGGGAAUCGCCAUGCUGCUGAUCGUGGCCAUAGUGCUGCUACUGCGGAGACGAAGGAACCCUCACGCCAGACAGGGCCCAGAGGACACCUACUUCUCCAGCCCAGAGCAACUGAAGCCCCUGAAGACCUAUGUGGACCCCCACACUUAUGAGGACCCCAAUCAAGCUGUCCUGAAGUUCACUACUGAGAUCCACCCCAACCACAUCACCAAGCAGAAGGUCAUUGGAGCCGGCGAGUUUGGGGAGGUGUACCGCGGGACCCUGAAAGUGCCAGGCAAGAAGGAGGUGGCGGUGGCGAUCAAGACGCUGAAGCCAGGGUACUCGGAGAAGCAGCGGCGAGACUUCCUGAGCGAGGCCAGCAUCAUGGGCCAGUUCACCCACCAGAACAUCAUCCGCCUGGAGGGGGUCGUCACCAAGUAUAAGCACGCCAUGAUUGUGACUGAGUACAUGGAGAACGGAGCGCUGGACAAGUACCUGAGGGACCACGAUGGCGAAAUGACUUCGUACCAGCUGGUGGGCAUGCUGCGUGGCAUCGCCGCAGGCAUGAAGUACCUCUCCGACAUGAACUACGUCCACCGUGACCUGGCGGCGCGCAACAUCCUGGUCAACAGCCAGCUGGAGUGCAAGGUGUCGGACUUUGGGCUGUCCCGUGUGCUGGAGGACGACCCAGAGGGCACUUACACCACCAGCGGCGGGAAGAUUCCGAUUCGCUGGACAGCUCCGGAGGCCAUUGCCUACAGGAAGUUCACUUCGGCCAGUGACGUGUGGAGCUUUGGGAUCGUCAUGUGGGAAGUGAUGGCGUUCGGAGAGAGACCCUACUGGGAUAUGUCCAAUCACGAGGUGAUGAAGGCCAUCAACGAGGCGUUCCGGCUGCCGGCGCCGAUGGACUGCCCCUCCGCUGUCUACCAGCUGAUGCUGCAGUGCUGGCUGCAGGAGCGCUCCAAGCGGCCCAAAUUCGCCGACAUCGUCAGCCUGCUGGACAAGCUGCUGCGCAGCCCCGAUUCGCUCAAGACCAUCGCGGACUUCGACCCACGGGUGUCCAUCCGCCUGCCCAGCACCAGCGGCUCCGACUGUCCUCCCUUCAAGUCCGUGCCGGAGUGGCUGGAGUCCAUCAAGAUGAGCCAGUACAACGAGAACUUCGCCUGCGCCGGCAUCACCUCCAUGGAGCAGGUGCUGCAGAUGAGGAAUGAGGAUAUUCGGAAUAUCGGAGUGCGUCUGCCAGGACACCUGAAGAGAAUCGCCUAUAGCAUCCUGGGCCUGAAGGACCAGACCAGCACUAUGAGUGUUUUUGCUGUCUGAUCCCGAAGACUCCAACCACGCUGAGCAGCACCGGGUCUGGACCGGCUCCCCACUGACUGAACACAACGCAGACCGGACUGGACAGCACCACCACCCGCCCAGACUGACACUGCACCAUCGCGCGGGACUGGAACUGUGUUUUGCAAGCAAAUCAACAAAUCAAAAUCUGUAUAUGAGAAGAAACAGAAAUAUAUAUUUUUAUUGAUAUGCUUUUGUAGAAAAUGUACAGUUUUUGCCUCAAUUUGCAUUUCUGUAAGUAAUAGAUGUACAUUAUGUUUAACACAAAUAAUCAGUGCAGAAAAAGAAAACCAGUGGAGAUCGCAAAGCUCCCAAAGCAAUAAUAUAGCAAAGGGCGGGACCUGUGGUCUGUGUCCGUCGCUGAUCGGGGAUGAGACGCCUGGGGUCCCCCAGGUGCCUCAGGCUGGGGUCUCCUCGGAAAUAUCCUCCUGAGCACUUAAUGCCUGCUCACCUGCUUCUUCAGGAGUUCAGGAACCCAUGUGGAGAACAUGCAGAAAAAGAAGCAGGGUUUUGGUGUAGAGUUCAUUUAUUCUGAAAGGUGAUUUUUCUCUUCCCUGUCAUGCUCCAAACGGCUGCCUCUCGGAUUGGGAUGAGUAUGUUUGUUCCGAAGGGAGGAGAGCUCUGGGGCUCUCCCAGACCCAGCUCUCGGCGCCCCCCGGAUCUUGAUAUCGAUCCGUAGGGCUGUUGUAUAUAGCACACAAUGAUCUAGUUUGGGUGUGACUUCCUCCUUCGUAUCCUCGCCUGUCGCUAAAUCCCUCCCUGUCCAGAGUGAUGGGCCUGAGGCUCGGCGCCUCACCAGACGGGACAUCCUGCUGUUAGACUCUUUUCCUCUAUUUAUUCCUGCAGUUAAAGGACAUAACUACAUGCAGUAGGAUGCUUUGCUUUGAGAAACGAUUUGUGUGGUCAUGUUUUUCUACUUUAUUUAAUAUUUAUUUUUAUUUUUUUAUUUAUUAUUCAAUUUGAAAUGAGUUUUGACAUGCCUGUAUAAAUCCUCUGGUUCCAAUAAAGUUAGCUAUUUUAACACCUUAA